AUGGCUCCUUCAGAGCACACUCUUCUCGUCACUGGCGCUACGGGGUAUGUCGCGGGCCAUGUUAUUCACCAAGCCCUGACCAAAGGCUAUAACGUCCGAGUUUGUGUUCGAUCCGAGUCGGCCAGGGAAAAGAUUCUCGCUACCUUCCCUAAUUACGGCUCACGGUUGUCUUUUGCUCCUGUCAAGGAUAUCACCAGCCCAGAGUUCUUCAAAGACGCGUUUGCAGAUGGUGCUGUAACGGGUGUUAUCCACCUUGCCUCGCCUGUCCAUCUCAGUCCAGAAGAUAACAGACGAGACAUGCUUGAUCCCGCGAUUAACAGCGCAAGGUCGAUUAUUGAGGCGGCCAAGCUGUUUGGGCCCUCCGUGCAGCGUGUCGUGAAUACCUCUUCUAUGGCAGCAUUAUUAGAUGUCUCGAAAGGGCUACGACCCGGUUACACGUAUUCAGAAAAAGACUGGAACCCGAUGACUUACGACGAGGCUGCCGAAGCUGAUCCUGUUUCAGUGUAUUGUGCCAGCAAAGCCCUGGCUGAAAAAGGCAUGUGGGACUUCAUGGAGAGCGGAGACAACAAACCAAACUUCUCGUUUGUUUCUGUGAACCCUUCUAUGAUUUUCGGUCCGGACUUUUAUCCCAUCACGGACCUCAAGGGCCUCAAGGCCUCCGCUGCAAGAGCCUGGGCGCUCGUGGACGCCAAGGAUGUUCCUCCUCCGGAUUUCUGUGGGGUUGUCGACGUGAGGGAUGUCGCAACGGCAUUAUUGAAUGCGUUUGAGAUCCCUGAGGCCGCUGGGCAGCGCUAUCUCCUUGCGAAGCACUUUGAAUGGCAGACUGCUGCGGAUGCUGCUCGUGAGGCGUUGGAAGAACCUGACAAAAAUAGGAUUCCGGCGGGGUCGCCUGGUUCGAUGGACAAUGGAGCGUGGAAAUCUGUGACUUAUGCUGUUGACGGAUCCAAAGCUGUGAGAGAGUUGGGUUUCGAGUAUCGACCGUUGAAGGAUACGAUGGGGGAUACUAUCAAGCAGUUGCUAGAGGUGGAAAGGAAGAUCGGAAAGAAGUAA